AUGAUGUAUAUCUCCGUUUUUCCCAUUGCCAUCUCGAUGCGACGGACCAAUGUCUACGAAGAGAAAAGCUUGGGAGUCUACGACAUCGAUGAGGAUACCAACGAUGAAAACAAGACGGCGCCAAGCUACAUUGGUACUCACUUAAGGAAACAGCUGAGUUUCGAUCUCUGGUAUGUCUUUUUGGGCCUCUUUAUUAUCACAAUCGUGGAAGGCGACCGUUUAGAGGAUACGAGCGAAUAUGCUUUCCAGAUCUGGGCUGUGCUUUUCGAAGUUGUCUCUGCCUACGGUACUGUUGGCCUCUCGCUUGGCUACCCUGGGGUGAAUGCCUCAUUUGUUAGUCAGUUCAAGGUCAUAUCCGUACUCGUGAUUAUUGCCAUGCAAAUUCGUGGACGCCACCGUGGUCUGCCGUACAGCCUAGACCGUGCCAUCUUACUCCCGUCUGAGUCGCUGGACCAGGAAGAAAUUGUGGAUACUGAAACGCGCAUGCGGCGGCGCACAUCCAACCUUAGCCAGACCCCUGCUAUGGGACAUCACGAAUCGCAACCUUUCUCGAGAAACGCCCUAACUUCUGUGAUGGAAGGGGGAGAACGCGUUUCGGGGCUUAACUUUACUAAUAAUCCAGUCAUCCGGCGCCAGUCCACCCGCGGGUCGCAAAAGUCGCAGCAAUAA